AUGAUUGGAAAGCCACCGCGGACUAGAAAUAUCGCUCGUCGUAUCUCCAACACCGCCUUAAUUAAUGCGUCAUCCUGGGAUAUUAAGAUGCAUUAUCAUCUACUGGGACUGGUUUCAGACAAAUACACGAAGCUUGUGUUGCAGGCACCAGUGCCAUUCAACCCGUUCCAGUUGGAUGUCAAGAAUACCUAUCUGUUUGACUACUUUCGAUGCACUGCGUCUCGCUCAUUAACCACCUUCGGCCAUGACCCCACAAGCAUGGGAAACCUGUUGAUUCGGAUGGCCUUGGCAAACAGCAGCCCGUCUUCUGCCGCAGUCCUUCGCUCCCUUCUUGCCCUUUCAUCAUUACAUCUGCAUGGCCUGCAAGGCCAGGCUGGUGAGCUUAAACUCUCUGCACUGAACGCGCUCGCCACUGCAUCGAGGACUAGUAUUGGUCCCAUGGAAACAGCUCAGCAUGUUGCUGCUGGCAUGCUUCUAUGCUCGUUCGAAAUUCUUCGGGCAUCGUGCACUUCAGGCCAAUGGCGAUGUUACGUGGGAGGUGUUAAGAUGUUUAUAAAUGCAUCGUGUUCGGGUAUAUCGGACAGGGAUAGUGACUUGAAUAUCCUGCUGGACUGGGUAUACUAUCAUGACGUUUUGUCGCGAUUCAGCGGGCUGCAUUGGCGUUCCGAAAAGGACAUGGAUAUUCCCCCUCCAUGCUCAUCGGAGUAUCCUUGGAGAAGGGCUAUACCUUCGACUGCCUCCAGUUUCGGUACAACGGUUCAGCUGCUCUCAGAAGUCUGCGAUAUCGUUGCCGUGAGGCCAUUACAGACGGCCCCAGCCGAGCAGCUGAGUCAGUAUAUCGCGAACGCUCAGAUCCUAGCGUGGAGGAUAAACAACAUCCCGGAAGAUGAAAAUACCAUCAAUCCAAAACUUCCUAAAAUGACCGAAUUAUUUCAAUUAUCCAUGCUUAUUUAUCUCAGCAGAGCGACUGGAAACCUUUUUGAACCUCCAUACAUGACAGAACAACGCAUUCGUCAUGCUCUUGCCAUGCUCUCCGACCUUAAUACCUGCGAACGCCAGUUCCCUUUGUUCGUCAUUGGCUGCGAAGCGCGCACGGAUGACGAACGGGGCAAAGUGCUCGAUCUCAUUGAUAGAACCGAGGACUCUACGUCGUCAAGGUCUCUUUUCCUAGUCAAGGAAUUGAUCAAGAGCAUCUGGGUUCAGGAUGAUCUUGCAGACAGGGAGGUGGAUUAUAUGGACAAGCUGACUUGGUGUGGCCUUUCGAGACACGCGUUACCAUGGUUGGUUCCCCGGGAGAUCGACCAGAGCUUCUAUCGAUGUCCGUCCUUCGUCACGGGAAAUCUUUUCUUUGUGUUGCAAGAUUCGGAAUGA